UUUCUGGCAGCAAUACAGAUGUAGGAUCUUAAUUUUAGCAAGUUUGAUACAGUAGGAACAUAAUCAUGUAGCAACAAGAAAUGUGAAUUAAUAUGUGGAUUAAAAUGAAUAGACGUUUUUGCAGGGGUUGAUAUAUUUUUCAUUAGGGUGAAUCAAGUCUUAAAUGUCAAAGUGUAAAUUACAAACUUUAGAAGCCUUUUAAAAACUGAAAUAGACUACGAGUUAUAAUUUACAAAUGAUCUGCAUCAAAAGAGUGAUCAAUUUAAGAUCUUACAUCUGUACAUAAAAUUUGAAAUUUGGUAGGAAAUUACAUAACCAAAUACUGGCAAAUUAAAAUGGCUACUAUUUUUCAUUGUCAUGAAUUUCUAAGGUUCAGUUGCUUUUCAUUUCAUACCAAAUCCUGGCUUGUGAUAAUGAUCAUUAUGACUGUCAUUAACGUGGUUGUUGCCAUUCCUCUUGAUGUGAGCGAGAAUUAAAUAAAUAUCCACUGGCUUGACUACAAUGUAAAAAUGGACUUAAUUUUGAGCUAGGUUGACCUUGCCCUUAAUUUUCAUAUUGGUUACACCUAUGAGGAAACAACAUAGGUAAGUACAUUUGUAUACUGUCAGGUGUUUUUGUUCUUCUUGCUUUCUCGUGUUUCUUGUCUGUUUUUUAAAUUUUUUAUUCAAUAUUAUUAUUAGUAUCACUGCAUUGUGGGAAAGAGCUCUGAAGGUAAGAAUUUCCCCUUACUGUUUUACACCUGUUGUAUCCUGUGCACUUGGUGAAUAAACUUUAAAACUUGAAACUUCUUUCUGUUGUUGGAGACACAUUUUGUUAAAGUACAUUAUGAGAGAGAGCCUAUUUUAAAUCAGCAUGAGAUAAGUUCCUUUCUUGUGUUUUUCAGACUGCCAUUUUGGACCUUAGAAAAGUCAGGAACCACUAUCAGAAAACUUGAUUAAUUCCAGACCCUAUGGCUGUGGCACAAGUGGAUUACUGCCUAAUGACCAGUGGGACCUGGCUGGAGUUCAAAUGACGUGUCUGAUCAAAAUGACUACGGUGUUCAGCCUGCUGCACCUGCUUGGAUUCUCUAGGCUACUACAAUAUGUUCACAACUGUGGAGAACUGCCACCCUCAGAACAGCUGGGUCACCCUCGUGGACUGCCACCCUCAGAACAGCUGGGUCACCCUCGUGGACUGCCACCCUCAGAACAGCUGGGUCACCCUCAUGGACUGCCACCCUCAGAACAGCUGGGUCACCCUCAUUGACUGCCACCCUCAGAACAGCUGGGUCACCCUCAUGGACUGCCACCCUCAGAACAGCUGGGUCACCCUCAUAGACUGCCACCCUCAGAACAGCUGGGUCACCCUCGUGGACUGCCACCCUCAGAACAGCUGGGUCACCCUCGUGGACUGCCACCCUCAGAACAGCUGGGUCACCCUCAUGGACUGCCACCCUCAGAACAGCUGGGUCACCCUCAUGGACUGCCACCCUCAGAACAGCUGGGUCACCCUCGUGGACUGCCACCCUCAGAACAGCUGGGUCACCCUCGUGGACUGCCACCCUCAGAACAGCUGGGUCACCCUCAUGGACUGCCACCCUCAGAACAGCUGGGUCACCUCAUGGACUGCCACCCUCAGAACAGCUGGGUCACCUCAUGGACUGCCACCCUCAGAACAGCUGGGUCACCGCAUAGACUGCCACCACCAUGGAUGGUCUGGUAGUAAGAACACAGCUCUUAGAUUUCACUUGGAUUUAAACUAAAUUAAAUAGGUAAUAUUGGAAAGUUACUUGAUUUAUGCAUAUGAUUUUAUUGUUGCACAUGGAAGGGAACACUAGUGCUACCUUGC